AUGAGUCUCGCGCCCCUGGGCCCUCAGGAGUCGGCACGAGCCACAGCCCUGCCCUGCCCUGCACAUGUCACCAUCCGUACGCCCCAGGAGGGCCUGCUCACCAGCCCGCCAUCCUCCUCCUCCGACACCCGAGCUCCACGCGGCAGGAACUGCACAGAGACUGAUGGCGAGGUCUGCGCCCCACGUGCCAGGAAGCGGCCGAGGCCCCUUGCGGGCUCCUGGGUAGAGGGUCCUAGGGCCGGCACCCCUUCGUGCCUCACUAAAGGGUUUCUCCGUCCACCUCGUGUGACCCUCACAGUGGACCGCCGGAGAUCAGGGAGCCGAACACGCCUGCAGAACCUGAGUCCCUCUGAGCGCUCAGGACCAGGUACGGAGCCGCGUCUGCCAGGCCCCUGCCCCAGAGAACUGUCGGGCGCCCCAUGCCAGGUCACGUCUGCAGGGGCCAACCACUCGGAGGUGACUGAGUUCAUCCCGGUGGGUCUCCCGGGCUCCCUGGGCCUGCACGUGUGCCUGCUGGUGGUGCCCCUGCUGGCCUACCUGCUGCCCGUCACCGAGAGCCUGCUCGCCGUCGCCGUGAUCCACGCCAGCCCCGCACUGCACAAGCCCGUGUGCGGCUUCCUCAGCAUAUCCUUCCUGGAGGUGUGGUACAUCUCCGUCACGGUGCCCAAGAUGCCGCUCAGCCUGGCGGCGCCCGAGUUCCGCCGCAUCUCCUUCGCGGGCUGCAUGGUGCAGCUGUACUUCUUCCUGGCACUGGCCUGCUCAGGGUGCGCACUCCUAGGCGUCAUGGCCUACGACCGCCACGUGGCCAUCUGCAGCCUGCGGCGCUACCCAGCCAUCGUGAGCCCCGGCCUCUGCAGCCUCCUGGCCGCUGGCCCCUGGCUCUCGGGCUUCACCACCUCCACGGGGAAGGUCUUCUUCAUCUCGCGCCUGGGCUACUGCGGCCCCAACGUCAUGAACCACUUCUUCUGUGACGUGUCCCCCCUGCUGAGCCUGGCGUGCUCCGACAUGUCCCUGGCGGAGCUCGUGGACUUCCUCCUGGCACUGCUCAUCCCGCUGGGGCCGCUGCCGCUCACCGUCUCCUCCUACACCACAAUCAAGCGUACCCCGUCCACCGCCGGCCGGCACGAGGCCUUCUCCACCUGUGCCUCGCACCUGGCUGUGGUGGUCAUCUUCUACUCGGCCUCCCUUUUCAUCUACGCCCAGCCUCGCGCCAUCUACUCCUUCGACCUCCACAAGCUGGUGCCCGUGGUCUACACAGUGCUCACGCCUCUGCUCAACCCCAUCAUCUGCUGCCUGCGGAACCGGGAGGUCAAGGAGGCCCUGCACACGGUGGUGCAGAGGGCGGCCCAGGCCCUGGGCACAUCGUCUUAG